UAUUCCUUAAUGGCAAUUAGACAAAAACUAAUGUAUACUAUUUUAUUCCGCAUUUGGUAUUAUUACUAAUAAUGAUCAAACUAUUCAUUUAAUUAAUUCCCAUAUAUGAUGGCUUCGUUGAUGGGACAGAGACAACAAAGGGAGAAAGAGAGAAGUGUCGAAGCAAAGAAAUGAAAUUCGUAAUACCAAAACUACCCUUCACACUCUCUCUCUUCCUUUCCCUCUCUCUUCUCAUCGUCUUCUUCUUCGUCUUCCCAACCACGUACCUCCGCCGUCCUCUCUCAUCCUCCGUCGUCGCCGUCGCCGUCGCCGAAGAAGGCAUACGGAUCCGUCACCAUGGAUACGCCUCCUACGAAGCCUACAUCAAGCACCAGCUCAACAAAACUCAAAACCCGAAGCUACGUAAAGUAUGGACAACGCGCGACUGGGACAGGAAAGUGCGCGUGUUCUCCACUUUCUUCAAACGUCUCAGCGAUCACAACCUCCUCUCGAACCAGUCGAAAGCUCUCUCGAUCGGCGCGCGCGUGGGACAGGAAGUAGCGGCGCUGAGAUUGAUCGGCGUACAAGACUCAGUGGGGAUAGAUCUGGUGCCGCGACCGCCUCUAGUGGUGAAAGGAGACUUCCACGCGCAGCCGUUCGAGUCGGACACGUUCGAUUUCGAGUUCUCGAACGUGUUCGAUCACGCGCUGUACCCGGAGAAGUUCGUUGGGGAGAUCGAACGGACGUUAAAGCCAGGUGGGGUGUGUGUUUUACACGUGUCGAUAUCGGGGAAGACGGAUAAGUACUCGGCUAAUGAUCUCUUCAGUGUGAAACCAUUGGUGAAUCUGUUCAAGCGAUCUAAAGUUGUGGAGGUGAGGAACAUCGAUGGUUUUGGGCUUGAUACUGAGAUUGUUUUUAGGAAGAACAACAACAACAACAAUUAAACCAUACUACAAAAGAUUUCUAAAAUUAUAGUGUUUUUGUUUUGAUUGUUUCAUAGUAUUUAAUACAGAUAUAUAUAUAUAGAGUUUGUUGUUUAAGUUGAACACAAAUUGUUUCUUUUCAAUGUCUAUUGUUUUACUACAAAAUCAAAAUGUAUACAUCUGAGUGGCGACAUCAAUAAAUUAUAGAAUUUUUUUUGUU